ACGAAUUAGAAACAGAUAACUUGAUGAUGUUUGCCACACAAGGAGACAGGAUUACACUGCCCUGUGGUUUAACAUCUAUUAAAUCCUGCUCCUCUAUUAAAUGGAACAAGGUAGAUGCCAAAGGGUUCGCUGAAGAAGUGAAAGCCGGAGAAGGUAGGUAUCCUAAAGAUUAUAAGCAUCGUCUGCUAAAGGACUGCUCUCUGGAGAUCAGUCGCCUGGCCCAGGACGAUGCUUGUCUCUACUCUUGUGAAAAUGGGAAACAUACUUCAAAUGUUUCACUUCACCUUCUUGAAAUUAGUGAGAACCCCAAGUCAGCACAAAACACUAUGGAGCUUCAAUGUUGGCUCAAUAUAUUCAAAGGAUAUCACCCCUGUGACAAAAACUCAGGGAUUGAUAUCAAGUGGACAACUCAGGAUGAUACACCAAUACAAGGAAAAAGAUUUGAAUUUGGUGAUCAGUCUCCCUGCUUCUCAAAGCUGAAAAUCUUUCAAAAACUGACAGAUCACCACAGAAAAUGGAAAUGCCACGUAGUUCAAAGUGACAUGAUUAAAGCCAGUGUCACUUACACGACAACAGUAAAAGAUGGAGUAGAGGAAGUGUUUGCUGCUGUGGGUGAGUCAGUGUCACUCGCUUGCAGCAGCACUUCCUCUCUCAGCAUUGGAGGAAGCGUACCGCAGGCUGGGGAGACAAACCAAGUGACAGAUUCGGAACCCGAGAGAGGCCAAACCACAGCUGUGGGCGUUAAUAAACGCUCGUCAUUAGUCAUCAGUGACCUGAGUCCUCUACAUGCCAGAGACUACCAAUGCACAGAGCAAGAAGCUCAAACUAAAAUCAGACUGCAUGUCCUGGAUGUUUCUGCCGAGGCCGACAAAAGGGGAGAAACCCUCACUCUGACCUGUGUGCUCACUUGUGGCAAUGAAUGCGAAGAAGACUUCAACCUAACCUGGUCGGGAACCAACCAAGAGCAAAUUAGCAUGCAGAGCAGAUUAAUGAAAGUGAGCAACACCUUGAAGAAAGUGUUGUUUCUCUCAGUUUGGCCAAGGAGCUCGGAUGAAGUGACCUGCUCUGUGCACAGAGAGGGCGCGCUGAUGACAUCCAAGAAGUGGCACUCUCCAAAC